AAAUCUGUUUUCUGUGUUUCCUUUUAUAGUGAUCAGGACUGCCAGGAGAUAUUGAGUACAUUCAAAGGAGCAUUUGUUUCCAAGAAUCCAUGCAAGAUCACAAGAGAAGACUACGAACCACUGGUUAAGUGGGUCACUCAAACCAUACCAUGUAACAAGACUCUCUUUUGGAGCAAAUCCAAACAUCUGGCCCACCAGAAUACCAGUGUCGAGGGAAAGAUGUUCACCCUGGAGGACACGCUGCUGGGCUACAUUGCUGAUGAUCUCUGGUGGUGUGGAGACCCCAGCACUUCUGACAUGAACUAUGACUCUUGCCCACACUGGGAUGAAAACUGCCCCAACAACCCUGUUUCAGUGUUCUGGAAAGUGAUGUCGCAAAAGUUUGCAGAAGCUGCCUGUGGUGUGGUACAAGUGAGGCUCAACGGGUCCCUCAGUCAACCAUUUCACAAAAACAGCACCUUUGGAAGUGUAGAAGUCUUUAAUUUGGACCCAAAAAAGGUGCAUAAACUACAGGCCUGGGUGAUGCAUGACAUCGAAGCAGAUUCCAGUAACUCAUGCUCAGGCUCCUCUAUAAAUGAUCUGAAGUUGAUUGUGCACCAAAGGAAUAUCACUUUUGCCUGCCAGGAUAUCUACAGGUCUGUCAGGUUCUUCAGUGUGUGAAGAAUCCGGAGCAUCCACUGUGUAGUUCUAAUAUCUGAAUAAAUUUGGAUCUUAGACACUUCCGUAGCAUGCAUCAAGAUGAAAGACUCAGAAACCACACUGAUGCAAAGCUGAAGUUGUCAGGACGAGGUCUCUACUACAAUGUCAACACCAGAGAUAGAAGAACUUUCCAAGCAAUGAUAGCAGCAUUACAUGAUCAGCUUAGUUUGUACUGCAUACCACUACUACUGAAGAAAAAAUUACUUCACCGAAGCCGAGUGCAACUUUACAUUGUUAUUUCAUUUUAACUCUCUCAUGUGAUGCUUUUAUAUUGCUUAUAUAUUACUAAAAUCUCUUUUUUUCUCUUAAUGAAAUUGAGAAUUAAAUCUGAGAACUUAUACACAUGGUAGAGAAGCCUGUACACCAUUGAACUACAUCCUCAGCACAGCUGGUAACAUUAUUUUUAUUGAAAAAUUGCCGGUCAAACCUCACCUGUUAGAAUGGACAAAGGAAAUGAAAUGUCAAGCUUCAAAAUGAAUGAUCUUAUUUUCUGAUGAUUUUGCAUUUUCCCUACAAAUAUUCAAAUAGUAAACCUGAGAUCAGGGGUCAUUACGGUGAAGAGAGUCUAUGGGAACUUGAACUUGCUUGGUGCUUCAACCUGUCACCCUUCCAACAUGUCUCUAGUAACUUUGGCUAUUGUUUUCAUUUUUUUUUAAUAUGAGACAAUCGAGCUUCCAGAGAGGUUAUACAUUUUCCUAAAGUCAUAUUCUUAGGAUCAUGGUUAGAGCUGGGAUCAUGGUUAGGGCUGGAGUUGACUCAGUUCUGUCCAAGUCCAUAGCAUAUGAUAUAUUUUUUUUUCUUUUCUAGGCCUUUACUGUCAAAUUGAUAGGAGCCUGUGUUAUUGUCCAGCAAAUGUUGUAUUAAAUUGAAUGCAAA